AUGUCAGAACAAAACGGGCCCAGCGAGGGCCCAGGACCAGGUCCCGGUUCGGAUUCGAGCUGGUGGCCAAGUACGCAGACUUGGAAGUCGUCAGCGGCCUCGUCGUCGACUUCGUCGACUCCCACUUCAGCGUCCGUCUCUGUCUCCUGUUCUACGUCCAGCUCGUCGACGAGCUCCUCCACCUCGAUCAAUUCGUCCGCGACCUGCUGUUCCUCGUCGUGUAUCGGCGUGUCCUGCACGAUGAGUCCAAGCCGUUCCACGGAGACGGGGAAAAAUGUAUCCGUCACUACUAUUAACGUACCGCCCAAUCAAGAAAUGCAUGAUGCUAAAGGAGUAUGUAAAUAUCUCGGGGGCCAAAACGGCGUGACGGUGUCGGUGGUAUCGACCUCGGUACUGGGAUGUGGAAACGCGAAUGCCGUCCCGACAAGCGGAAUCUGCACGAAUACGGGGCCGCAUAGUGUCGGUAUCGGAAUUAGUGGCACCCUCGCUGCGAACGCGGCCGACAUCGAUGAUCCUGAGGACAGCGACGGUGAGAUCAGCAAGAUUGACUUUCGAGGUGUCAAUCUACGUUCGAAGAAGAAACGCGAUGUAUCGGGUAAUCAGAAUGGCGACAAGAUCGGUGACGGUGACGCAAACGGUGACGGCGGGGGAUGCUGCGAUGAUAAUUCGCAACAGCAACCUGAGAGGCCCAUGUCAUGGGAGGGUGAACUAUCGGACCAAGAAAUGUCUUCCAAUACAAUUACUAAUCAGGACCAUAAUGAGGAAACGUCUAUGGAGGGGGUUCAAGUAUGCAGUACGAGUCCUGGGCCUAUGGAACAGAAAUUUCCUAUUAAAUCAGAGCCGGAUUUUCGAUCUAGUCCAGGUUUCACAAUAGGAUCUUUUCACGAUGGUGGACUGCCCAUGACACACAAUCAACAAUUACAACAACAGCAACAGCAACAACGUAGUAUCGAAAACCUCGAACAAACUCAACAGAGUGACCUACCACUUCUCGUAGGCAAACUUCUCGGUGGAUACAACAAUUCAACACCUAAUCACAGUCCUGUUCUCAAUCCGCGACAUCAUCUAACUAAACACAGUCAUACCAGAUCGCAGGUGCCGUCACCAGAUUCCGCCAUUCAUUCUGCGUAUAGCGUCUUCAGUUCACCGACACAGAGUCCCCACGCAGCACGACACUCUGCCUUAGGAGCGGGUAGUCCAAUACCCUCCUCGUCGUUGUCGCUCUCUCGACAUAGCUUUAACAACUCGACUUCUUCGUUAUCUCUGUCGUUGUCGCAUUCACUUUCGAGGAAUAAUUCCGACGCUUCCAGUAGCUGCUACAGCUACGGUUCGCUUAGCCCGCCUACGCAUUCACCCGUCCAGCAGCCGAGACAUCCGCAUUCACAUUCGCAACAUCAUCAGCAUCAAGUGGCGCAAGGUAGUCCGCUGCAUCUUCCAGCAUCGUCCACAGUUGCCGCACAUCAUUACUCGUCCUCUUCCGUACCAAGUUCAGAAUUAUCGCCGGAUGGCCAUCCCGUUACGGAAGAUCAGGAAGACUGUAGGUUACCUUCGGCACCAUCGGGUAUCUCCACCAGGCAACAACUAAUUAACAGUCCCUGCCCGAUUUGCGGUGACAAGAUAAGCGGCUUCCAUUAUGGCAUCUUCUCGUGUGAAUCGUGCAAAGGCUUUUUUAAGCGCACCGUCCAGAAUCGUAAGAACUAUGUGUGCCUUAGAGGCGCAGGUUGUCCGGUCACCGUGGCCACGAGGAAGAAGUGCCCAGCCUGUCGCUUUGAUAAGUGCCUCAAUAUGGGUAUGAAGCUUGAGGCGAUCAGGGAGGAUCGUACCAGAGGCGGUAGAAGCACUUAUCAAUGUACCUAUACUCUACCAAAUCUUGUUGGCAGUCCUGCUGGUAUGUCUAAUGAAAAACUGACGACGACGGGUAAUUGCAGCCCGGCACAGGCUGGUAGCGAAUACCAUUAUUCUGUUAGAUAUCAUUCAAAUCAUUCUUACAAAUCAUUCUUAGUACCUCAACUUUUGCAAGACAUCAUGGAUGUAGAACAUCUCUGGUAUUAUAACGAUAACGAUCGGGUAAGCGGUAGUGGAGGGAUACUUGGAAAUGUAAGCAAUACCGGUGGUGAUAGUAUGCUGUUCGGUGGACCCGGAAGUGGCCCAUUGCUUAGUGGCACUGGAAAUGCGACCGGUAUUGGCAGCGGAAACAACGGAGGUACAGUGGAAUGUUCGUCGAAUGACUCUAGCAAUGUCGAUACUAAUAGCAGAAGGGGAGAAACGGCGAGCCCCAUUGAUUCGACCUUAACGGGGACGUCCGAUCAACAUUCCACAAAUGGCAAUACCACUAAUAAUAGUAAUUCUCAAAUUGCCAGUAAUUCCAACGGUAAUUCAGCGCAGCAUCCAGACUUUCUAUCUAAUCUGUGCAACAUCGCGGAUCAUCGACUCUAUAAGAUCGUUAAGUGGUGCAAGAGUUUGCCAUUAUUCAAAAAUAUUUCAAUCGAUGAUCAAAUCUGUUUGUUGAUUAACUCUUGGUGUGAGUUAUUGCUUUUCUCUUGCUGCUUUCGCAGCAUGAGUACUCCCGGUGAGAUAAGAGUGUCUCUCGGCAAGUCGAUUACUCUAGAACAGGCAAGACAGCUUGGUUUAGCGACUUGCAUCGAGAGGAUGCUCACUUUUACCAAUAAUCUGCGAAGACUGAGAGUAGACCAAUACGAAUAUGUUGCAAUGAAGGUGAUCGUGCUAUUAACGUCCGAUACAAGCGAAUUAAAAGAACCUGAAAAGGUCAGAGCUUCUCAAGAAAAGGCACUUCAAGCACUGCAGCAAUACACAAUCGCGAGAUACCCAGAAAUGCCUGCCAAAUUUGGUGAAUUAUUGUUGAGAAUUCCAGAUCUGCAAAGAACAUGUCAAGCAGGAAAAGAAUUGCUCAGUGCAAAACGUGCCGAGGGAGAAGGCAGCUCGUUUAAUCUUUUAAUGGAAUUGUUAAGAGGAGAUCACUGAAUUGUCAGCACAGUGAACUAUACCAUUCCACGCUUAUAAAGUCCAUAAGCUUAGGGAAUCGGAUAUUAAUAGAUAAUCGCAGAAUAAGAAAGGUUAGGAAAAAAAAAGCAAACGGCAGAUGUAAGGUCUCUAGUGACGUUAGUACUUGGUGAGGGGACUGUAUUCUUCGUAAUUAGGACGCAUUAAUCUAACAAAAGGUGAAAAGAAUUUUUCUAUUUUACACCGGAAUGCUUCCACAUACAGGUUGUGCAUAUUAGCAUUCCUGUUUUGAAAUAAACGAAUUUUGAAGCGGCCUACAGUGUAUGCCGGAUUCGUACGUUCCGCAUACAGGUAGAUGCUAAUGAGACUGAAAGUUUAAUUGACGGAGACACGCAAAGCAUUUACUUUUACAAUGAUAAGCGUUGUAUAA